AUGGAAGCUGAUGAAAAACUCGAUGAGGGUAUAAAAGAUCGAAUAAUGCAAGGCAGGAGGGCAAUAUCUAUGUUGAAUGGUGAACUGUGGGAUCAAGGAAUCUUUAAAGCUAAUAAGAAGAACAUAUAUAAUAUGGCUGUGAAAAGCAUAAUAACUUACGGAAGCGAAGUAUGGCAGUUGAAAAGCAGAACAGAAAACAUGCUAUUAGCGAUCGAAAUGGAUUACUGGAGGAGAUCUGCUGGAAGAUCGAAAAGAGAACAAAUAACCAAUGACAGAGUAAAAGAGAUUAUGGGAGCAGAACACACAAUUGUGGACGACAUAAGAACAAAACAACUCAUAUGUGGACACCUCGAGGCAGAAAUAAAAGAGGAAGGCCGCGACGAAGCUGGAGGGUGGGUGUGGAUAAAGAACUAG